CACAAUGUAAUAAAAUACCUAAACAAAGUUGCAAUUCCAUGGACGAUGGGUUCUAAAACAUAUAAUAGCUAAUUUGUUACAAUAACGUAUAAAAAAAAUAUUGAUUGAAAUAGUUUCCUUAUUUAUUAGGUAGUUUUGUAACACAACAAUUUUAAAACUAAGAAGAAAAGGUAGUUACAAUGUUGGAAUUGCCUCGUAUAACAAGAGCUUUGAGGGCACACACACAACUUGACAAGCCCCGUUGUCUCAAGCCCAGCAACACUGUGAACCUAGUUGUACAGUUUCCAAAUAACAUUCAAAGGUUUAAAACUUUAACAGAUAUCACAGAUUACAUAAAGCUGCAUGAACCAUCAGCUGAUGAUAUACUAAGCCUGUUGGAACAACUGAAAGAGUCUUGCAAGCUCCUCACUGGAGAUGCAUCAAAUGAUAUUAUAGAGGAUGCAGCAGUAUUAACUCUGAGAAUGUUUCUCGAUCAAGAUAUUGUUAUGUUAAAACAUUUAUCGCAGCUCAAACAAAUGUUUGGAAAUGUUGUAUCAUCUACUGCUAAUAAGAUUUGUGUGAUUGUAAUGAAGAUAUCAAGUAUAAUAACAGAGGAUACUAAGGAGUAUAUAAAGACUGAAACAAAAGAGGUAAAACAGAAUGUAAAGCUAUGGGGUGAAAAUAUACAAUGUAACUAUAUUCCAUACAAGCCAGCAAAGAAACCUCUAGCAAAGUUAACCAAAAAACUUGCCAUCGCUAGUACUUUUGUUACAGAUUUCUCUAUGAGAUAUAACAAUCAGACAACAAAUAAAGAAAAGAUUGCUACAACAUCUGCACAACCCUUUUCUAAAUUUAGCAAAGUUUGGUUAGAAACUAAAGUGAAGGAACUUUACGAGAGCUCUACGGGUAUAUCAAGUGCUGAUAUAUUACAAUCUAUAAUAACUUUGCUGAAUUCUUCGAGGACAAAUGAUGAACUACAAAAUGAGCUGUUCGAACUCUUGGGUUUUGAUAAGUUUGAGUUUAUUGAAGAGAUACUGCAACAUCGACAAGAAAUUACCGAUAGUCUUAAAGCACCACCGCAACAACCUUCGAUAGCAGAAAUUGCUGCACUUUUGCCUGAAAACAAAAUGCCUCAGUACUUAUGUCAAGUGUCAGUGCAAUCUGGACAGGAGAAAAUGUUGGCGAAACUCGUGAGAAAAGAAGAGAAAAAGGCCAAAAGCACAAAGAGGUUUGAUGACGACGAACAGGAACCGGAAAUCAAUAUUGCACAGUUGCGUGCUAAAAGAUUAGCAGAGCUUUCAAAACCUGUGGUGCCAUUUUCUACAUCAAAGUCAAAUGUAGAUCCUUUACUACAAAAGAUAUCGUAUUUCCAAACGAAAGUACAAUAUCCAAACGUAUACGAUUCUUCCAUCAAUGCUAAGAACUCUGCUGGUUUUGUAUCCGGUUUGAAACUAAUUUUGCCUGAAAAUGCAGUAAGAAAAGACAAUAAGGAAUACGAAGAAGUGUUAAUACCCAAAAAUGAGCAAGUCGCUUUGGAAGUCGGAAAUAAACGUAUACCAAUUUCUUCUAUGGAUGAGAUUGGUCAAAUGGCAUUCGAAAAUAUAAAAGAACUGAAUCGUAUACAAUCUGUGGUAUUUCAAACAGCCUACAACACUAAUGAGAACCUCCUGAUUUGCGCGCCAACCGGUGCGGGAAAGACGAACAUAGCCUUACUCACCGUCGUACAUCAGAUAAAGCAGCACAUUGAAAACAAUGUCAUAAUGAAGAACAAAUUCAAAAUAAUCUACAUAGCACCCAUGAAAGCACUAGCGUCAGAAAUGACCGCAAGUUUCGGGAAGCGAUUACGAGGUUUGGGUAUUGUCGUGAAAGAAUUAACGGGUGACAUGAAGCUAACGAAGACCGAGAUACAACAAACACAAAUGAUCGUUACGACGCCAGAAAAAUGGGAUAUCGUUACCAGAAAAGGAGCCACGGACACCGAGCUAGCGUCAAUAGUGAAACUGCUCAUAAUAGACGAAGUUCAUUUGUUACACGGGGAUCGAGGUCCGAUAGUUGAGGCCAUAGUUGCUAGAACUUUGCGUCAAGUGGAGUCCACACAGAAUAUGAUACGAAUUGUAGGACUCUCUGCUACCCUACCCAACUAUCUAGAUGUUGCCAGAUUCCUCCGUGUGAAUCCGAACGUCGGGUUGUUUUUCUUCGACUCUCGAUUCCGUCCUGUACCUCUAGAACAGCAGUUCGUUGGUGUCAAAGAAGUUGGUAGUGGCGGAGGUGCACAUCUGAGACAGAUUCAAAUAAUGAACGAAAUAUGUUACGACAAAGCUGUCGAAAUGGUCCAAAAGGGUCAUCAAGUGAUGGUUUUCGUUCACGCACGUAACGCUACGCACCAAACUGCGAUGAUUCUCAAAGAAUUAGCCCAAAAGAAAGGGCACUUGAAGCAUUUUGAGCCGGAAGACACUGGCGCGUUCCUGAAAGCCAAGAAAAGUAUUGGGAGCAGUCCUAAUAAAAUUCUCGGGGAGUUAUUUGCAUUUGGAUUCGCUUGUCAUCACGCUGGCAUGCUGAGAAGCGAUAGGAAUAUGGUUGAAAAAUAUUUCGCUGAAGGCUACAUCAAGGUUCUCGUUUGCACAUCGACAUUAGCGUGGGGUGUGAACCUACCAGCCCAUGCUGUUGUUAUAAGGGGUACAGAAAUAUACGACCAGAGUCACGGCACAUUCGUAGACCUCAGCAUAUUGGAUGUUCUACAAAUCUUCGGCCGUGCGGGUAGACCUCAGUUCGACACGUCUGGUACCGGCAUUAUAAUUACUACACACGAUAAACUCACGCACUACCUGAAGUCCAUGACCAACCAGUUCCCUAUAGAGAGCAACUUCAUCAACCUUUUAGCUGACAAUUUGAACGCUGAAGUCGCCCUUGGGACUGUCACCAAUUUAGACGAGGCAGUAGAAUGGUUGAGCUACACCUACUUAUUCGUGAGAAUGCGUAUUAAUCCACAGGUUUACGGCCUGACAUAUUCCGAUGUACAAGAAGAACCUAUGUUAGAAACAAAAAGGCGCGAAUUGAUCACAAACGCCGCUAUGCAACUCGAUCGCACGCACAUGUUGCGGUACAACGAACGGACAGGCGAUCUUAAUAUUACAGAUUUGGGUAGAACAGCCAGUCAUUAUUACAUCACUAGUGAAACAAUGGAGGUGUUCAACUCUAUGGUCCGUAAAUCUAUGACGCAGGGUUAUAUCCUCGAAAUGCUUACCAGAUGUUCAGAUUUUCAGCAACUUAAGAUAAGAAAAGAAGAACUAACAGAACUGUGGAAUCUCAAAGAUCAAUACGGCGAAUUGAGAAUCGACGAUCCGCCAGAAGACAUCCAUUGGAAAAUAAACAUUCUACUGCAAACGUACCUUUCAAGAGGAAGAGUUAACGCUUCGUCAUUGCAAUCUGAUUUGAAUUAUAUAAGUCAGAACGCUGUCCGAAUAGUGCGUGCGUUGUUCGAGAUAACUCUGCGCAAGAACAACGCGUACAUGGCGGGACUGUAUCUGAAAAUGGCUAAAAUGAUGGAACUGCAGUUAUGGGACUUCUACAGUGACAUGAGACAGUUCAACUGUAUCCCUAUAGAGGUGCUGAAGCAUAUUGAGUACCCUAUGCUGAAAUUUGACCAGAUAAGGGACAUGGAUUGGAAAGAAAUAGGCGAUCUCAUCCGAAACCCCAAGGCAGCCAGACACAUAAAGAAAUGUGCGGAUGAAUUCCCUUUGUUAGAAAUGCAGGCCAGCUUGCAUCCUAUAACUAGGACCGUAUUACGUAUACGACUGACUAUCACUCCGAAUUUCAAAUGGAACGAUAAAUACCAUGGAAAAGCGCCUGAGGCGUUCUGGAUUUGGGUGGAAGAUCCAGAAUCAGACAUUAUGUAUUACCAUGAAUAUUUCCUCAUAACCAAAAAACAGGUCAUAACUAGAGAACCUCAAGAGCUUAUUAUAACAAUACCAAUAUCUGAACCCUUACCGCCUCAGUAUUACGUGAGGGCAACAUCUGAAAGGUGGUUAGGUUCUGAAAGUGUCUUAGCAUUAACAUUCCAGCAUCUCAUACUGCCUGAAACACAUCCUCCGCAUACUGAUCUACUGGAACUUCAACCGUUACCAGUUACAGCACUCAACAACACCUCCUACGAAAUGCUGUACAACUUCAGCCAUUUCAACCCAAUCCAAACGCAGAUAUUCCACUGUUUGUACCACACGGACAAUAACGUGUUAUUAGGGGCACCGACAGGUUCCGGAAAGACCAUUGUGGCUGAAGUGGCAAUGUUUAGAGUCUUCAAUCAGUAUCCGAAUUGCAAGGUAGUCUACAUUGCACCUCUAAAAGCACUGGUGAAAGAAAGAAUUAAGGAUUGGAAAGUGAGACUACAAGAAAAACUCGGCAAGAAUGUUGUGGAAUUGACAGGUGACGUAUCCCCGGAUAUAAGAGCCAUCCGCAAUUCCCAAGUGAUUGUGACAACUCCCGAAAAAUGGGACGGUAUAAGUCGAUCGUGGCAGACCAGAAACUAUGUCAGAGACGUAGCUCUAAUCGUUAUCGACGAAAUACAUCUCUUGGGAGAAGACAGAGGACCUGUUUUGGAGGUUAUUGUAUCCAGGACAAACUUCAUCGAGUCGCAUACUUCAAGACGUUUGCGUAUAAUCGGAUUGUCGACGGCGCUGGCCAACGCAAAAGAUCUCGCCAACUGGCUCAACAUAGGAGAGAUGGGACUUUAUAACUUCAGACCGUCUGUUCGGCCCGUGCCGUUAGAGGUACACAUAUCGGGACACCCAGGGCGCCAUUACUGUCCGCGCAUGAUGUCAAUGAACAAGCCAACCUUCCAAGCCAUUCGCACUCAUUCGCCGUCCGCUCCUGCGCUUGUUUUCGUCUCCUCUAGACGACAAACUAGGUUAACAGCCCUAGACUUGAUCGCAUAUCUGGCAGCCGAAGAUAACCCUAAACAAUGGUUGCACAUGAAAGAGUCGGAAAUGGAACAAAUCCUAUCGAACAUCAAAGAGUCAAACCUCAAACUUACAUUGGCGUUUGGCAUCGGAAUCCACCACGCGGGACUACAUGAAAAAGAUCGUACAACCGUCGAAGAACUGUUCAUAAAUCAGAAGAUACAGGUUCUUAUCUGCACCGCAACACUAGCGUGGGGCGUGAACUUCCCCGCUCACUUGGUGGUGAUCAAAGGCACGGAAUAUUUCGACGGGAAGCAAAAGAGAUACGUUGAUAUGCCCAUCACUGAUGUAUUACAAAUGAUGGGACGUGCAGGGAGACCGCAAUACGACAACGAAGGAGUAGCCGUUGUUUUGGUGCACGAUCAAAAGAAGAACUUCUACAAGAAGUUCCUAUACGAACCAUUCCCGGUAGAGUCCAGUUUGCUUGAAGUGCUCGCGGACCAUUUGAAUGCAGAAAUUGUUGCGGGCACUGUACAGACAAAACAAGACAUUCUAGAUUACCUGACCUGGACGUAUUUCUUCCGGCGGCUAUUGAAGAACCCAUCUUACUACAAACUGGAGAGUAUAGAACCUCAGGAGAUAAACUACUAUCUGUCCAAUUUGGUGCAAUCUUCACUUUACUCAUUGACUAAUGCAAAUUGUGUGGAAGUUGAAGAGGACCAACGUACAAUCCAUUGCACAUGGAUGGGUAGAAUUGCUUCCUAUUAUUAUCUGUCGCACAAAACAAUGGCGCAUUUCAACGCUAAUCUACAAAGCAACCUUCCUUUUGACAACCUACUGAGGAUUUUGGCCGAUUCUGAAGAGUACGCUACACUACCUGUGCGACAUAACGAAGAUAUCCUAAAUGGAGAGCUUUCGAAACAAUGUCGGCUGCCUGUGGACUCACUGACACUCGACUCGUCCAAUGUCAAAGCGUUCCUACUUCUGCAGGCACAUUUGUCACGCCUACAGCUGCCCAACACUGACUACCUCACUGAUACCAAAUCUGUGUUAGAUCAGACUAUUAGGAUCACUCAGGCGAUGAUAGACGCAUCAGCGGAAAAUGGCUGGCUUACCGUAUGCCUCACCUGUCAGAUGUUAAUGCAAAGUAUCAUACAAGCGCGAUGGCCGACAGACUCGCCACUGACAACUCUACCGUAUCUCGAGUCACAGCAUUUAUACUUAUUUACCAACAUGACGAGAGACACGAAGAAGCCUUGCACUGUCUUGAACGGACUGAAAGUCACGUGCAUGAGGAGCUAUGAACUCCUAGCCAGAUAUAUGAGACGCGAGUUCGACGAGAAUCAGAUCGGAGAGAUACAUCGGGCAAUAUGCGAUCUACCCACAUUGGACUUGACUUUCCACAUCCGAGGGCUUUGGUUCGAGAGCGACUGCGAACAAGACAAAAGGGUCAAGCAACCACAAACUAGGGAAGACUGGUUGCCGUUACACGCGGAUCAGGAAUACACAAUCGUGGUCGACAUCGCCCGGCGUGGGGGCAACGCAAACAACGUCCUCUGUCCGCGAUUCCCCCGAAACAAGAACGAAGGCUGGUUCCUCACUCUCGGCUCCACUGAGUACGGGGAACUGCACGCGUUGAAACGAGUUCCCCCUAAAGGGACCACGCAUCUCACUUUCUACACACCUUCGAUACGAGGUCGUAUAAUAUACACGCUUUACAUAAUGAGCGACAGCUACAUGGGUUUGGAUCAGCAAUACGACUUCCAGUUCGAGCUCAUGGACCCACUGCCACCGGAAACCGUUGAGAAAGUGUACGACACUGCUAAUAAAGUUAUCAUCGAAUGAUAAUGCUACAAGCACUAUAAGAUAAAUGUUACUAGCUUUUAUGUAUAACAUAUUUAAAAGUAAAUUAUUUUUUUCAAAUUGUUA